AUGUUCAAAAGUUUUAAUUUCAGGUUGAUACCAUCGACAACUACCAAUAAUCUUGGGGUGAAGCAGAAGAAAUACAUUAUUAGCAAAUCAGUGGAACUUCUGAGCUCACAAUUUAUUCACUUACGGGGCAAACUGGCCACAAAUCUAAUUGCUUUCCGCGGUAUUUUUCAACGUUGUGAUACUCAACAUCAGCACCAACCUGAACAAAGUAUCAGAAUAACGCAGCCACAAAAAGUACCACAUCAACCACAGCAAUUGCAACAAGGAGCUACUGUAGGCGGCAAUAGUCGUAACAGUAGCAGUAGCAAUAAUAAUACUAAUAGUACCAGUAGCGGUAGUGGUGGUGGCGGUAGUGGUGGUGGUGGUGGUGGUGGUGGCGGUGGCAGUGCCGGUCAUUCGGGCUUCUCUUCUGGCUCAGGUGAUAAAGAAAUACCUACGACAUCUUCUGCUGCAGUAGCGACAGUUCCUGCUAUCGACUACUCGGACUGCAUUAUGUAUGACCAGCAUCCAUCUAUUGCUGAUUCUUACUCAUUAGUUGUUGCCACAUCAGCUGAUACUAAUAGUACCAGUAAUGGCAACACGACAAUUGGAAAGAUCGACAGUGGCUUAGAAACUCAAUUAAGUUAG